AUGUCAGUCUGCACGCUCCAUCUCCUAUCCCUCACCUCUCAUCCCUCAAUUGAGCCCCUCCUGUCCGUCAUACCAUCGCUACCCGCUCAGCCAUUACUGGUAGCAACACCUCACCACUGGGUUAUCGCGCCAGAGAAACUCACUGUCGAUCCGCUACUCAGAAGUCCUCAUCCGUGGGACGCCGUGAUCGUCUUCGCCAAUAAUGAACCGCUGCCCCAAGCGCUGAAGGGUCUCGUCCGCGGCCAGUGGUCUUUACCUUUCAAUGUGUCUACCGAGAUGCUCGACUCUUUGCCCGCCAUGAACCAGAGAAUACUGCACCCGCAACCAGGAGACAUACCUCCGCUGAAAGGAUCUGAGGGCAAGCAAAGCGAUCAUGCAGACGAUACAGGCGACAAGGACUUCGAGUUUGCCGUCACUCCGGCCCUGCGCUCAUGGUUCCGUUCAUUUGCACCGACUUCAGAUGGUCGCCGUGCAGUGACGAUGCUCAACUGGCUCGCCUUUAACCCAGGCGGCAGAGAGCGCUACAUGGGCGGGUAUGUGCCGGCAUUUGCUGCAGGGCCCGGCAAAAGCGCAGGCAUCGCAGCGAAGCUGAUCGGUGCGGUGGACGCAGAGAAGCAUGGAGGAUGGGAAGCGGUUGGAAUCGUGCACUAUCCGAGCAUUACACAUUUUGAAGAGAUGCUAGAUAGCGAAAGCUACAAGGACGUGGAUCGCAAGUACAAAUUUGGCGUAUUAAAGGACACUGCCAUUUUGUGCGUGAGCGAAUUCGUGGUGUAG